AUGAAAUUAUUAGUACAAUAUAUACAAGAUGCACCUAGAAUAUUAAAUACUAAUAAGGAACUAACACUAUUACUAAGAGAUAAACAUAUAACAGAAAUAGAUAACUUACAGACAACAAAUGACAUUUUCCAUUGCAUAGACUUGACUAAUAACAAUUUGGUUAAAUUAAGUAAUAUACCCCAGUUAAAAAAUUUAAAGACAUUGUUAUUAGGUAAUAAUAAUAUCACAUAUAUUGAUAUAAGAACACUUUCGGAAACAAAUAUAGAAUCAUUAUCAUUAUAUAAUAACAAUUUAUAUAAAUUUCAAUUUGAAAUACGAACAGUAUUUAAAAAUUUACGCAAUUUGGUGCUUAUUGAUAAUCCAAUUACAAGAAUAGAGAACUACCGGUUAUUUACGAUAUGGAUAUUUCCAAAUUUGAAAGUCUUGGAUUUUACAAAAGUGAAAGAAAGUGAAAGAGUGAAAGCUAGGGAAAUUUUCGGUGAUGAUAAUAGUAAACUAAAUGAGAAAGGUGAAGAGAUUAUUAAAUUAGAGAAUGUAGUUAGUGAGGCUAGUAAAGAUGAUAAACAAUUGAAUAAUAUAGUUAAAAAAUUGACUGAUAAAGAAAAACAAGGAUUAUUAAAGAAAUUGGAGUCAGCUACGAGUUUAGAUGAGAUUGAAGAAAUUGAAUCUACGCUACAAAAAGGGAUUGUAUAG